UCCGACGCCGGUCGUUGCUACCGCCGCUCAUUCAGUGUGCUGGAGGAACAAGCCGAGAGCAGUCACACACGAUGCCACCUACUGGCGCUACCCACUAGACAUCGGGUUUGUGGUGCGUCAAUUAUGGCGGCGUCGGUGGCGGAAAAAGAAAGUGGUUCGGGUGGCGACUUGGUUGGCCAGCCGUUGCUUCAGACUGCCCCGUUUCGUUUCCUUCAGCGGUCAUUUAGAGACCCCGCCCUGGAGAAACUGUAUCAGUCCUACAGCGUGAAACAAAAGCGUGCUGGAUUGGAGGUUUUCCUUUACGCCGCUAUCUUGUAUGAUGUGUACAUGUUGGUGGUGCCGGGUGGACAGGACGCCCUCAUGCGUGGGCUAACCAUCGCUUUUCUUGGCCUGAACCUCGGACUCCUCGCUUGGUGCUGUCGCGGAGUCCAGCACUCUUCGGUAUGGGCCGCCGUUCCCCAUCUUGCCUGGCAUCUCGCCAACUCUCAACUACUCGCGCACUUGUUCCUCAAGAAAAACGAGGUCACGGGCAGGGAUUCUCUGGGCUGGGUCUUGUUACUUGACUAUCUGCUCUUCGUGACACUACCACUGAGACUCCGCUACUGUGUGGUGCUUAGUGCGGGCACGUGUGCUUCUUACCUCGUGGCUAUUGUGGGCCUCGGGAAGUCGGACGCUCAUCUCCUCCAACAGGUAAUAGCGAACUGUCUCCUGCUUCUCACCGCUAACUUGCUGGGCCUCACAUCAUGUUACCUGGCGGACAAUCAGCAACGCAGAGCGUUCCUAGAAACCCGUCAGUCUCUCGAGAUGAAGCUCGUCAUCGAGGAGCAGUCUGCAGAACAGGAAAGGUUAUUGCUGUCAGUACUGCCAGAGCAUGUGGCUGUCAAGAUGAGGCAAGAUCUUGGGUCCUCCAAGGACAGUCAGUUCAAGAAAAUCUACAUGAGUCGCCACGAAAACGUCAGUAUCCUGUACGCAGAUAUCGUGGGUUUUACCGCCAUAUCUUCAACGUACUCUGCCUCUGAGCUGGUCAAGAUACUCAACGAGCUUUUUGCAAGAUUUGACAGAUUAUCAGAGCGCUACCAGCAGCUGAGGAUCAAGAUUCUGGGUGACUGUUACUACUGUAUCAGCGGGGCUCCACGAGAAAGACCAGACCACGCUGUGCUCUGUGUCCAUAUGGGACUCUCUAUGGUCAAGGCUAUAAAAUACGUGCAGCAGAAGACGAACUCCCCCGUGGACAUGCGAGUGGGGAUACACACGGGGGCCGUGCUGGCAGGAGUUCUGGGCCAAAGACAAUGGCAGUUCGACGUCUACUCCAAAGAUGUGGAACUGGCGAACAAGAUGGAAAGCAGUGGCCUGCCUGGGCGUGUACACAUCUCCGAGAAGACACUGAGUUAUCUCAACGGAGAAUUCGAAGUGGAGGCUGCACUGGGUGAGAAACGUGAAGAGACACUACGUAUGGCUGGGAUAAAAACCUUCUUCAUCGUAAAGGCUCUGAAACCGUUCCAUCCAGCAACGCCGGACGUCCGUAACGGCAAAGUGACGGAGGAGGAGACGGCCAGUUGCGACGCGACGCCCGACAACAAGGACAGCGAUGACGACUCCGCGUGCGCAAGCCCAGUGGAUGACAGUCAUGUACUGAGUAACGGACGAGCCCGAGAAGACUCAGCGGACUUCAAAAAGCGUCUAAGGAAGGAACUUGUGAACAGAGAUGGACACAGGGACCUGAUGAACCACACUACGUUCUUCACUUUGUCGUUCAAAGACAGGGAAACAGAACGCGAAUAUAACUUGCACAAGGAAUCGUUUUCUAGUAUCUCUGUGAUGGGUUGUCCUCUGGUACUCCUCAUUACAUCAGCCGCACAAUUUGUCGUGUUGCCUAGGGAUCUGAUGAACAUCCUGUCGUUCACAGUCGGUUUUCUACUCCUAGUUAUUCUAUCGGCAAUGAUUGUGGCUGAGUUUUUCCCUUCGUCAUUCCCUCGACCUAUGGUGCGUUGCAGUGAGGCUCUGAACAAUUCCUUGUGGACAAGGAGGGUCAUUGGUGUCGUUGUAAUUGCGCUCCUAGGGGUUACCAAUAUUGUGGAUAUGGUGUCUUGCACGGUCCCUUCGUCUCCUAGCAACUACACCACGACGACAGAGGACCUGGGCAGCGUGUGCUUGUAUCCCUCGUACUUCUCGUAUUUCUGCGUCCUGGUACUGAUCGCGGCGUCCCUGCCCGCUCAAGUGUCCCAUCUCGUGAAGGCCGGUCUGUUGUUCCUAAUUGCAACAGCUCACUGCUGCAUGAAUGUCUUCGCGAUCGGCCCGGCACUUGACUGCGAGGAGGCGACCAAUCACAGAGACUGGGGAAACAUUGCGCCUGGAAAGUAUGCAUUAUGUGGUCUCCUCCUGGCUGUUACUAUAGCCCUGGCAUUCCUUGCCCGCCAUUUAGAGAAAGCAUCCCGAGUGCUGUUCCUAUGGAAGACGGAAGUGGAGGAUCAGCGGGAGAGAGCGUCUGACAUCAGACGCCGCAACGAGGCCCUAGUGUAUAACAUCCUGCCACCGCACGUUGCAGCUCAUUUUAUGGGCAGUCGCAAGAGACAGCAUGAAGAACUGUACAGUCAGAGCUAUGCUGAAGUCGGGGUUCUGUUUGCCUCAAUGCCUAACUUCUCAGACUUUUAUUCAGAGGAGACAGUGAACAAUCAAGGCCUGGAAUGUUUACGAUUUCUGAAUGAAGUCAUCUCCGAUUUUGAUGCUUUACUGGAACUACCUCAGUUUCAGGAUAUAAUCAAGAUUAAAACCAUAGGGUCUACAUACAUGGCUGCAAGUGGACUCAACCCAUCUCGACAGGUCAAGCCUGAUGAUCCCAUAAAAGUUCGUUGGUCUCAUCUUGCACUCCUAGUGGAAUUUGCUCUGGAACUCAAGAAGGCACUCCAAGGCAUAAAUGAGCAGAGCUUCAACCAUUUCGUGCUCAAAAUGGGAAUAAACCAUGGACCAAUCACAGCCGGUGUGAUCGGUGCACGAAAACCACACUACGAUAUCUGGGGCAACUCUGUCAAUGUAGCAUCACGAAUGGAAAGCACCGGGAAGGCAGGAUGCAUACAGGUAACUGAUGAAACUACUGAAAUUCUCAAGCAUUUUGGAUACAUUUUUGAACAGCGUGGAUUGGUCUCAGUGAAGGGAAAAGGACAGCUUAUGACGUACUAUCUCAUUGGUAAAGGAUCUAAUCCGGAAUCAACCUUAAGGAGCAAAGAAGAAACCAAAAAUAACCCUGAAACUAACCUGAAAUUAAAUGAAGACUUCAAAAUCAAUCUCGAAACAAAUGAAGAUUUUUCUAACAGCCCAGAACAUGAAAUUAUUCCAGUACAACACAGUUCUGGAGGUAACCUGAACUGGGUGGAAGAAUCUGAACAGCGGAACCCCGGACACAACCUAGACCUGUCUGAUGAUCCCAAACACCAGCUGUCGUCUGAAGACACAUCACCGCUAAUACUAAGUUCCACUGCUGUCAUCUCUGGGUCAGGUGAAACGCAUCUACUACAGAAAUCAGACGUAGAUGACUGAAAAGUUGUUAGUUACUUUAAAAGAAAGUUAUGUAGCAGUGGCGCUGAUGCAUACAGGGUAAAUAAACUACAGAAAUUUUCAACCCA